AUGCGCUGUGCUUACAGAAGUAUUAUUCCUUGUGCAUAUUCAGGGAUCGUCUCGACCGAUUUGGAAAUCCAAGAUAGGAGAUUUGCGAUAAGGGUACCCGAGCCGCGCGAUGGCGACACUCAUAGCGUGGUUGACGUGAGGCGCGAGACCCCGCCGCAGGUGGAACGAGAUGACCCUUUUCUGAAAAAAGCAAUGUCGCUCGGCGUUGUGGAGGUGAGCGAGCAACAGUUUGUCAAAAACCACGAGUCGGUGGAUCUUUUGAAAAACCGCAAACGACAGGAGGAAGGCGCGGAUGUCAAGGCGCAGGUAGAAGGUUCCAGACGGACUUUCGUGGGGGCGGGCAACGGGCUGCUGGAUAGCAGUUUGUUGAGCAAAGUGAUCAAGGAGUACAGACAUGAUCCAAAAGGUUUCCGACCGGAAACGUACAACCUCAGUGACACUACGUGGGGGAGGCUGAGUAAAGUCUUGCAGAACGGGGCGGUUGGGUUGCCGCAGCAUGCUGUGAAGCUAAUCAGGCCCCAAGACAGCACCAAGGAGAAGUUCGUCAUUGUGGGGGACACAGACGGACACGUUCAGGAAGUGGAGGCUGCUGCCAGGGAGUUUCAAGACUCGCAAACUUUUAUGGGCGAGAAGAGAGAAGAGAGAAAGUCCAAGCCGACGGGGGACGUGACGAGGGUGCUAUGA